AUGGACGCCGAAUCGCAGAAGGCUCAGGCCACUCACGUCUACGAGAAGCCUCUCUCCGCUGGCAAUGGGAGUCUCUCCGGCGGCAUUACCAUCGACCUUAAAGCGGACAAGAAGCUGUUGCGGCGCAUUGAUUGGCGCGUCAUGCCUGUUCUCUGCUUCACCUACGCCCUCCAGUACUACGACAAAGCCCUCCUCAGCCAAGCCGCCAUCUUCGGCAUGCGCGCCGACCUCGACAUGAUGUCUGGGCUGCGAUACUCCUGGGCCUCUCUGAUCUUCUACUUUGGCUACAUGGCCGGCACAUAUCCCGUCUCCCUGCUCGCUCAGAAGUUCCCGACGCGUUGGGUCAUCACCGCCAUCUGCAUCCUGUGGGGAGUCGUCGUCCUAACCACCCCCGCCUGCAAGACGUUUGAGCACUUCCUCGUGAACCGCUUCUUCCUUGGGCUCAUCGAGGCUGGCGUAUCUCCCAUGUUCAUGAUGAUUGUCGGGCUCUGGUACACGCACGCGGAGCAGGUUUCCCGCUCGAGUUGGUGGUACUCCUUCAGCGGCGGCUCCCUGCUUGUAUCACCUCUCAUCAACUACGGCCUCGGCCACGUCCGCGGUGGCUCUCUUCAGCCUUGGCAAUACAUGUAUAUCAUUGCUGGCGCUGCGACGCUGGUCUGGGGCGUUGCCCUAUGGUGGUUGUUCCCCGAUACUCCCCAGCUCGCCAAAGGUUUCUCCGACGAAGAGCGCCAGAUGAUCCAAGAGCGUCUCUGGGAGGCUCUUGGGGACUACAAGCUUUUGGGAAUCUGCAUCCUGUCGAUCGUCUCCUGCACCGGCUCUGGCGCCGUUACGACCUUCGCCCCUAUUGUCUUCAACGGCAUGGGUUUCACCAUCUUUCAGUCGCUUCUCCUCAACCUGCCCAUCGGCGCUCUCGCCUUCUUCUGUAUCCUGGGUUCUGGGUACUUGGGUCGACGUCUUCCCAACGCGCGUCUCCACAUCGUCUCGGCUGCUUGUCUUCCCGUCAUCCUGGGCUGUUGUCUUCUAUGGCAGCUUGAUUCCUCGGCAAGGGCUGGACGCAUCAUUGGUUUCUACCUCCUCAACUUUUUCUCGUCCGCCUGGACUCAAUGCAUUGGCCUCGGCACCUCCAACGUGGCGGGCCACACCAAAAAGGCCCUCUACGCCGCGGCUACAUUCUUUGCCUACUCUGUCGGAAACAUCAUUGGUCCUCUCAUGUUCGAUGCAUCUUACGCCCCCCGCUACGAUCGCAGUUUCAUUGGUAUCCUCAUCUGUUUUGUCGUCUGCUUUGUUGCUUCUGAAACCCUCCGCUUUCUCCUGGUCAGGGAGAACCGCAAGCGUGAAGAGCAUUAUGGCCCCGCAGAUUUCUCUCAAGGUCUGGACGACUUGACGGACAAGGAAAACAAGUCAUUCCGUUACCAUGUGUAA